AUUAUUUGCUUGACUAUUGCUCCGUGCUUUAUCAUGGCGGCGCUAUACUGUAUUUUGGCUAAACUUGUUAUUGUCUACGGUGAACGGUACUCUAUCUUGAAACCCGCUCGCUACACUCAAAUCUUUGUCGCCAGUGAUUUCCUUUCUCUCGUACUCCAGGGUGGUGGUGGUGGAGUAGCUGCUACUGCGGUUUCUGGUAGCGGUUCGACCCAUCUUGGCACGAAUAUUAUGAUUGCGGGUCUUGGGCUCCAGGUGGCAUCCAUGACCAUUUUUAUUGUGCUCUGGCUGGUUUUCUUCUGGCGUGUCUACAAGGCCUCCAAGUUGGCCGAGCCUGGCUUUGACCCGAGAUUUGAGCACUUACGCAGUACCUCGGUCAUGAAGUUAUUCCCACUCUAUGCCUCGGUGGCUGUAAUCUGCGUCUAUGUGCGUUCUAUUUACAGAGUGGUGGAGUUGUCAGAAGGCUGGACCGGGCACUUGAUGGUGACCGAGCCGUACUUCCUUGUAUUGGACGGGGCCAUGAUGACUAUCACUGGGAUUGUUAUGUCGUUUCCAGGUGCGUACCCAGGCAUUGUUGUGGGUCGUGAGGUUUCUAUCAAGAAGAAGAACAAUGAGGGCGUGUUUUCUGGGGUUGAAAAGAAUACAGAAAUGAGCAGCGAUCUGGGGGAGUUCCUUCAAGGAAGUACUGUUCACCGUGGAUCUCUUUAGAUAGCUGUCGCAUUACUAUUGGUUACGUCGGUUUUCCUUGCCAUAUAGCAUAUGUACUAGGUGAACUAACCAUGUAUACUAUUUUCUUUAUGAGUACAGCUUUAUACCAAUCGAUAUAGGCCAAUCCUGAUAGGCUUUCUCUAUGAUGGAUAAAUAGGCUUGAGCUAUUGUCAUUUUAUUGAACAAGAUAAUUUGGAAUUGAGCCUCGAUUAUAGAUAGCUGAUCGUCUCUGGUAACCAAAGGCUAAACUGAUCCCCAAAAGCUCUACCUUAUACCCUGAGAGUCAUGCUGCUAGUUUAGGGUCUUGUAUACAUCCGAUAGUUGGUUAACCAUAUACACUACAGGCUUUACAGUUUUUUCU